CUCUCCCUUUCAGAAACUAUUCAGAGGAAAAUGACAGCAGGAAAUCAUUCCACAGUGACUGAGUUCAUCCUCACUGGGCUAACAGAGAAACCAGAACUCCAGCUGCCCCUUUUCUUCCUCUUCCUAGGGAUCUAUGUGGUCACGGUGGUGGGGAACCUGGGCAUGAUCACGCUGAUAGGGCUCAGCACUCACUUGCACACCCCCAUGUACUACUUCCUCAGUAGCUUGUCCUUCAUCGAUCUCUGCCAUUCCACUGUCAUUACCCCCAAAAUGCUGGAGAACUUUGUGACAGAGAGGAAUGUUAUCUCUUACCCUGAAUGCAUGACUCAGCUCUAUUUCUUCCUUGUUCUUGCUAUUUCAGAGUGUUACAUGUUAGCAGCAAUGGCAUAUGACCGCUAUGCUGCCAUCUGUAGCCCCCUGCUUUAUAAUAUCAUCAUGUCCCAUCAGGCUUGUUUCUCCCUGAUUUUGGGAGUAUAUCUUAUAGCCCUGGUUUGUGCAUCUGUUCAUACAGGCUGCAUGUUUAAGGUUCAUUUCUGCAAAUUUGAUGUGAUCAACCAUUAUUUCUGUGAUCUUCUUUCCCUCUUAAAACUCUCCUGUUCUAAUACCCAUGUCAAUGAAUUACUGAUUCUAGUCUUUAGUGCCAUUAAUAUCCUUGCCCCCAGCCUGAUGAUCCUUGCCUCCUACAUCCUCAUCCUCUCCAGCAUCCUCCGCAUCCGCUCCACUGAGGGCAGGUCCAAAGCCUUCAGCACCUGCAGCUCCCACAUCUCAGCUGUUGCUGUCUUCUAUGGAUCUGCUGCAUUCAUGUACCUGCAGCCAUCCUCUGUGAGCUCCAUGGACCAAGGGAAAGUGUCCUCUGUGUUUUAUACCAUCAUUGUGCCCAUGCUGAACCCCCUGAUCUAUAGCCUGCGGAAUAAGGAUGUCAAAUUUGCCCUGAAGAUAAUGUUAGAGAAAAGAGUAUUCUUGUGA